AUGGCAACGACACAGCACCUCCUCCUCUCGCCCGCCGAGCUCGCCUAUCUUCACAGCACCCUCAGUCUGCACCCACCGAUACGGCCAGACGGUCGCACGGCGUCGCAAUUCCGACCGCUGACGGCCGAGACGGGCAUUCUGCCCGGCACCAAUGGCUCCGCGCGCAUCUGUUUCGCCGACGGUACCGAGGCCAUUGUCGGCGUCAAGGCCGAGGUCGAGCGGACCCGCAUCUCGCCGUACGAGGACGCCAAUGGCAACAUGAGAGAUGGCGGCAGCAGCAGCAGCAGCCGGACAGAGAGAAAUACCAGCAGUAAGAGUGGAGAGGCCAAAGACGACGAGGAUCAGGAAGCGGCCGAGACGGAGGAGAAUGAUACAGUCAAGAUCAAGGGAUCCAAGGACUGGGUAGAGGUCAGCGUCGAGGUCCCGGGCUACAGGGACGACGAUAGCGCCACCGUCUUCCUGUCGACCAUGCUCAGCGAGGCGCUUCUGGCCGACGGAGAGUUCACGAGGCGGUUAUGGAUCAACCGCCGGUUUCAUUGGAAGAUGUACCUUGACGUUAUCCUCAUCUCACCACCUCUUUCCUACCCGCUUCCCCUGCUCAGUCUAACCACACAUCUCGCCAUUCUCUCGACGCGCCUGCCGAGACUCAAGUCCGAGGCCGACGAGGAUCCCAUGUUCGACGAUGACUGGGACGCCUCAAAGUACAUUUACCCGCGCACUGGUAGCGAAAGCCGAUCCACCUCUAUGCCGCCCAUUACGCUACUAGUCAUGGUCGUCGGUGACAACAUCAUUUUCGAUCCGUCCAAAGAGGAGCUGGCCGUGGCCGACACGGCGCUGGCCGUAUCGGUAGGCGAGGGACAGGUGCAGCAGGACAAGAACAACGAUGCCGCCAUGGACGUGGACGACAAGUCGCAGCCGAGCCGAAAGCUGCGGCUGCUGUCGGUCCGCAUGAUUGAUCCGCCCUCGAGACUGACGCCGCCGGGCGUGCCCAACUCGGUCAAUGCUUCGGCGUGGGGCCAGGGCGGCGGCAGUGCGGCACAGAAGAACCCGGACGCCCGACAGGCGGAAACGGCAGAUGUGGCUGGUGUCUGGAAAGCGCCCAGAGGUGGUAUCAAGCCAGCCGUGCUGAGCGCCAUGGUGGCAAAGGUGCUGGAAAAGGGCGGCGUUGCUGACGAAGUAUUAGAUGGCCUCGAUGGAGUAGAACUAAGCUAA